CCAACAUUAACAUCUUUGCAACCUCUCGGACAAAUCAUACGCUAUCGGAGGACUUCAGAAAAGAGGAUGCACUGUCGUUGGAGAUUCGCGCGACAGAUCAAGAUAUACUGUUAUAAACAGUAUAUCUUGGUCAGCAGAUAGCCAAUCGAAGAUCAAAUAUCCUUAAUAGUAGUGUCUGGGAUCUAAUCACCCCAGAGGUCGUUGAAAAAGUGGAUGGAAUGUAAGUCAUCUAAUCAAUUUAUGAUUUGUUCAAAUGUAAGGAAUAGCUCAUCAUUAAGGUUCCUGCUUGCAACGCCUAUCAUGGACCUCCUUGCGAAUCCGCCAAAUGAAGGAUAUGUUCAUGAUGUUUUGCAAAGACUUGUCAAGGGGGUUGACAUAUUAAAAGAAACCUACAAAAUGUCAAUGGAGAGAAUUCGAGGGGAAAUACGAAAAAGACCUUGCAAAAAAGAUUCUUGCAUGGCUUGUCCAUGCUAAUAGACCGCUUGCUACGCAAGAACUCCAACAUGCCCUUGCAGCUCAGCAGUUGGAUAAGUCAGAGCUGAAUGAGUGCUACAUCACAGAGGUCGAAUACCUGCGGUCCAUAUGCCGCGGAUUAAUCGCGGUUGAUAAAGAAAGCGAUUAUCAUCCUCUAUUCUGCUCUCAAAGUAUUCUUGAUAGAGGAAGUGGUUCCGCACUGCACAGUCAGAUACUACACGGACCUGCGUUACAUACCUCUCAUACAAUGUAUUCAGAAGCAGAAUGUGUCGUACACGUAAACUCGAGCAACGGCUGGGUUCAUAUUGCCUUUACGACAAUGCUGCGCGAAACUGGGGGCACCACGCCCGCAUAUCUCAAAUCGAUGGACACCAGUGUAUCCUGAAUUUUCUUGAGUGUGAGGCUAAAGCAUCUGUAUGCGGUCAGGCCAUACUAGAAGGUUAUAAAGAUCAUGAGGGGGUCUACAGUGAAAUCAGAACACAGGAGGCCACAUCAUGGCAUACUUCGGGGAUUGUUCUAGCGAUAGUUGACGUGGGUGGACGUCUGGGACGGUUGAUUAAAGCGCAGAUGCUAUUUUAAGGCGCGUAUGAAGAGAUCUACAAUCUAUACACAACAUUUCGCCCUUCCCUUCAAUGUAUAGAGAAAGUGAGCGAGAGAGAGAUAUCACCUUACUACCAGUAUACUACGUACUAGGUCUCCGUACCGAGGCACCGAGCAGGUUUCCGCCUCAGGCGACGAUUCGGGGCAAAAGGCGGAUAACCACACAGACCCCGUCGGGGGAACAAAUGGCAAGGCAGGCAUUUCCAAAGGCCGGAUCCAUCCAUUUCCAUAUCGGCCCAGUUCUCCCGCGUACUGGGAAUGGAUCCAAAUGCCGUGGAAGUGUAGCACCGAAUGAGAUCAUACCUAUGUAAAACCGGCAUUUGCUCAAUCAAGUAGUUCCUAUGGAAAGGGACCCUAUGAGCUAGCAAUUUUCUGAGAAAUGUAGUCACAAUUGCUGUGUCCCUUCCAAGGAAGUUAAGAUUGUUACCUAUCGUUUGUCCGGUGGUAUGGGAUGGGAUGUCUCUCCCCCGAGGAAAAUAAAAAAUAGGUGCUGAAAAAAGACACCGGUUGUUUCCUUUGUCCCGAGAGAGCCCGUUGAGUGCUGAAUCAUCCUACCGCUGAUUGGCCAAUGCCCGGAUCACGGGAUGCCUCGGGGGCGAAGACGGCGCUUUGUACAAAUUCCUACAUUCGCAAGGAUUUUUUUCUUGCCAGCUUUUUUCUUCGAUUG